AUGACGGGCACUGCUGAAGGCCAGGAGCAGAAGACAGCAGAAGAGAUAUGCCAAGAACAUGGACUCCUGAAUGUGGAACUUGAAUACUCUGAUGAAGACUUUGUCAACCUCACCACCUAUAAGGCAUACUCUGCACACAUUCGCCCCCUGCUGGCCAAAGAAAAUCCUAAAUGUCCCAUGACAAAGAUGACGUCACUUGUCGCUGCCAAGUGGAGAGAGUUCUUGGCUUUAGGGGCUUUACCUGAGCUUCAGAAAGAGGCUGACCCAGACAUCAGUGUGGAGGGCAGUAAUGACGGAGACCUGGGGGAUGUAGACAGUACCCCGGGGACGCCCUCUAAGCAGAAGGGGAAGAAAGGCAAGGGCAAAGGCAAGUCUGUGGCCCCUCUGAAGAUCAAACUCACCAAGAAAAAGAAGAGGAAAAAGGGAAGCGAUGAAGAGCUGGAGGAAGGUGGCGGCUUCAACACCAGUGAUGAAGAGUUUGAACGUCAGCUGGAGGAGGCCAGUAUUAUCAGUGAAGUCCAGUCAGAAUCCAGUAACAUGUCUGCCCCAAAGAAAAGUAAAGUGAAGAAAGGUCGCGGGCGUAACGCCAAGAAGGCCAAGGUCAAAAAGGGUUCCUUCUUGUCUGAGGCAGAAGCGGAGGGAUAUGAAGUAAAUAUACAUAAAUUUUGGGGUUUUUUUUCUUGGAUUCUUACUGUACAUCUGGAGGGAUGUAGGAUCUGGAGAUUUCAGCCCUUUAACUUACUGUACAUCUGGAGGGAUGUAGGAUCUGGAGAUUUCAGCCCUUUAACUUACUGUACAUCUGGAGGGAUAUCCAUGAUGCUAGGUCAGACAGGAUCAGCAAAAGGAGGGAAGAAAGGAGGGAAAGGAAAGAAGGGGAAAGGCAAAGGGAAAGGAAAAGAUAGAGAAGAUGAAGAGGAGACAGAGGAAGAAGCAAGUAAACAGAUGUUUAAACUGCCACCAGAGGUCCCUGUGGUAGAUCUGAAGAGGAAGUUGGACCAGCAGCCGGACUAUAUUGACAUCACUGGUGGCACCCUGCAUCCCUAUCAGCUGGAGGGAUUAAACUGGCUGCGCUACUCCUGGUGUCAUGGUAUCCACACCAUCUUAGCUGACGAGAUGGGACUGGGCAAGACUAUACAGACUAUUGUGUUUUUGUAUUCAUUGUAUAAAGAGGGUCACUCGAAGGGACCGUUUCUUGUCAGUGCUCCUCUGUCCACUAUCAUCAACUGGGAGCGAGAGUUUGAGUUCUGGGCGCCAGAUUUCUAUGUGGUCACAUAUGUGGGGGACAAAGACAGCCGCGCUGUUAUAAGAGAGCAUGAGUUUUCUUUCGAGGAGGGUGCAAUCCGUGGUGGCACAAAGGCAUCAAAGAUGCGCAAAGAGUGCCCUGUUAAAUUCCAUGUCCUAUUGACCUCCUAUGAGUUGAUCAGCAUUGACCAGGCGACUCUGGGCUCUGUGGACUGGGGAGUGUUGGUGGUGGACGAAGCUCAUAGGCUGAAAAACAACCAAUCAAAAUUCUUCAAGGUGCUCAGUGCGUACAAGAUUGGCUACAAGUUGCUGUUGACUGGUACUCCACUCCAGAACAACCUGGAGGAACUGUUCCACCUGCUCAACUUUAUGUCUCCAGAUGACUUCAGGAAUCUGCAGGUGUUCCUGGAUGAGUUUGCAGACAUAGGGAAGGAGGAGCAGGUGAAGAAGUUACAUGACAUGCUGGGCCCACACUUACUGCGGCGACUGAAGGCAGAUGUCCUGAAGGGAAUACCAUCCAAGAGUGAGUUCAUUGUCAGAGUGGAGCUCAGCCCCAUGCAGAAGAAAUAUUACAAGUACAUAUUGACAAGGAAUUUUGAAGCUCUGAAUGCCCGUGGAGGUAAUAACGUGUCCCUCCUGAACAUCAUGAUGGACCUGAAGAAGUGCUGUAAUCAUCCUUACCUGUUCCCCACUGCGGCUGAUGAAGCACCCAAGCUGCCCAAUGGGAUGUUUGAGGGCAGUGCUCUGAUCAAAGCUUGUGGGAAACUGGAGCUGUUGUCUAAGAUGUUGAACAUCCUGAAGGAAGAGGGCCACAGAGUGCUGAUCUUCUCUCAGAUGACCAAAAUGCUGGACAUCCUGGAAGACUUCCUGGAGUGUGAGGGUUAUAAGUACGAGAGGAUUGAUGGCGGUGUGACAGGAACACUGAGACAGGACGCCAUUGACAGGUUUAACAUGAAUGGUUCUCCCUCCAUGGUAUUUCUGCUGUCUACCAGGGCAGGUGGUCUGGGAAUUAACCUGGCUACAGCAGACACUGUUAUCAUCUAUGACAGUGACUGGAACCCUCACAAUGAUAUACAGGCAUUCAGCAGAGCACAUCGUAUAGGCCAGGCCAAUAAGGUGAUGAUCUAUCGCUUUGUGACGCGAGCCUCAGUGGAAGAGAGAAUUACACAGGUGGCCAAGAAGAAGAUGAUGUUAACCCACCUGGUGGUCAGGCCAGGCCUGGGAGGGAAAGGAGGCUCCAUGUCCAAACAGGAGGUGGAUGACAUCCUCAAGUUUGGCACAGAGGAACUGUUCAAGGAUGAAUUUAAAACUGAGGAUAGCAGUCAGGCCAAUGAAAGCAGGAUAGUGUACGAUGACGCAGCAGUCAAGGAGCUGCUGGACAGGACACAGCAGGGGCAGGAGGAGAAGGAGAUGGCUAUGAAUGAAUACUUCACUUCCUUCAAGGUGGCCAGCUAUGCCUUCAAGGAGGAGGAGGAAGAGGAGGAAGAAGAAAAAGAAAUCUUGAAGCAGGAAGUGGAGCAUGCAGAUCCCGCAUACUGGGAGAAGCUGCUGCGCCAUCACUAUGAGCAGCAGCAGGAGGACCUGGCGCGCACACUGGGGAAGGGCAAACGCGUGCGCAAGCAGGUGAAUUACAACGACGCCAUGGGUGGUACCAAUGAGGACAACUGGGAUGAAAACAUGUCCGACUUUGACUCCGAUUUCGACCAGACAGGUAAUGGUGAUGAUGAAGAUGAUGAUUUUGAAGAAAAAUCUGAACUAGGCAGAGGAGGACGUAGACGUGGUGGCGUUCCAGAGAAGGAUCGCCCUCUGCCGCCAUUGCUGGCCCGUGUUAACGGUCAGAUUGAGGUGCUUGGUUUCAACGCCAGGCAGAGGAAGGCUUUCUUGAAUGCGGUGAUGCGGUGGGGUAUGCCUCCUCAAGAUGCCUUUAAUUCACACUGGCUUGUGCGAGACCUAAGAGGAAAGUCAGAGAAAGUGUUCAAGGCGUACGUCUCGCUGUUCAUGCGCCACCUGUGUGAACCUGGUGCUGACAACGCGGACACAUUUGCAGAUGGUGUUCCACGAGAGGGUUUGUCCAGGCAACACGUGCUGACGCGCAUUGGUAUCAUGUCACUUGUGAGGAAGAAGGUUCAAGAGUUUGAAGCAAUAAAUGGCACAGAGAGCAUGCCUUACAAAACUGCCUCAGAGUGUAUAGAAAAGUUCAGCAAAAGUAGGUCAUCGUCAGCUGUACCUUCACCAGCGCCAUCUACCAAGGAAGAAAAGACAGAGGAGAAGGGAGAGACGAAGGAGGACCAGAAGGAAAUAAAGGAAGAGAAAACAGAAGAGGACAAAGAAGGCAGUGGAGACAAGAAGGACAAGGAUGAAGGGAAAGAAAUGACAGAGGAAGCCAUGGAAACGGAUCAGAAAGGAAAUGAGCCAUCAGAAAAGGAAGACAGUAAAGACGCGGCCCAGGAGGUAAAGAUGGAGACUGAUGAAGUUAAAGAAGAAAAGAAAGAAACAGAUGAAAAACCCACCCAAGCAACAGAAGAAUCUAAAGACAGUGAAGAGAGCAAAGCUGGUGUGAAGGAGGAAAGUAAGGAAGAGGAUGUCAAAGAUGAGAAAGAAGAACAAAAGACUGAUUCUCUUGAAGAAAAGAAAGAAUUAAAGAAAGAGGAGGCCGAGGGAGAGAAAGAUGAGAAGAAAGAUGAUGCUAAAGUCAAAGAAGAGAAGGAUUCUGAUGGAACAACAAAGAAGUCGUCAAAGGAAGAAGAGGCUAAAAAGUCUGAUGAAAAAGAAGAAGAAUUCAAGAAAGAGGAAGCCAAACAGAAGUUCAUGUUCAACAUAGCAGAUGGUGGUUUUACAGAACUCCACGUUCAAGAGUUUGAAGCAAUAAAUGGCACAGAGAGCAUGCCUUACAAAACUGCCUCAGAGUGUAUAGAAAAGUUCAGCAAAAGUAGGUCAUCGUCAGCUGUACCUUCACCAGCGCCAUCUACCAAGGAAGAAAAGACAGAGGAGAAGGGAGAAACGAAGGAGGACCAGAAGGAAAUAAAGGAAGAGAAAACAGAAGAGGACAAAGAAGGCAGUGGAGACAAGAAGGACAAGGAUGAAGGGAAAGAAACGACAGAGGAAGCCAUGGAAACGGAUCAGAAAGGAAAUGAGCCAUCAGAAAAGGAAGACAGUAAAGACGCGGCCCAGGAGGUAAAGAUGGAGACUGAUGAAGUUAAAGAAGAAAAGAAAGAAACAGAUGAAAAACCCACCCAAGCAACAGAAGAAUCUAAAGACAGUGAAGAGAGCAAAGCUGGUGUGAAGGAGGAAAGUAAGGAAGAGGAUGUCAAAGAUGAGAAAGAAGAACAAAAGACUGAUUCUCUUGAAGAAAAGAAAGAAUUAAAGAAAGAGGAGGCCGAGGGAGAGAAAGAUGAGAAGAAAGAUGAUGCUAAAGUCAAAGAAGAGAAGGAUUCUGAUGGAACAACAAAGAAGUCGUCAAAGGAAGAAGAGGCUAAAAAGUCUGAUGAAAAAGAAGAAGAAUUCAAGAAAGAGGAAGCCAAACAGAAGUUCAUGUUCAACAUAGCAGAUGGUGGUUUUACAGAACUCCACACACUGUGGCAGAAUGAGCAGCGAGCACUCACAGUAGGACGAGAACACGAAGUCUGGCACAGACGCCAUGAUUACUGGCUCUUGGCUGGUAUUGUGACUCACGGCUAUGGGCGUUGGCAGGACAUCCAGAAUGAUGUACGCUUUGCCAUCAUCAAUGAGCCAUUCAAGGGUGAGGUUGGUAAGGGGAACUUCCUGGAGAUCAAGAACAAGUUCCUAGCGAGGAGAUUUAAGCUUCUGGAGCAAGCCUUAGUGAUAGAGGAACAAUUGAGAAGAGCAGCUUACCUCAACCUGACACAGGACCCCAACCACCCAGCCAUGGCGCUGAAUGCCAGGUUUGCUGAGUUAGAGUGUCUUGCUGAGAGCCACCAGCACCUGUCCAAGGAGUCCCUGGCAGGGAACAAACCAGCCAAUGCUGUGCUGCAUAAAGUCCUCAACCAACUGGAGGAACUCCUUAGUGACAUGAAGCAAGAUGUCAGUCGUCUGCCUUCAACUCUUUCACGCAUUCCCCCAGUGACACAGCGCCUUCAGAUGUCUGAACGCAACAUUCUGAACCGUCUUGUGAACCCCGGCCAGGGGUCUGCCCAGCCAUCAGCGUCAGGGACGCCAUCACAUACCCCCUCCAGCACACCCACGCCCUCGGCACAGCCAUCACCAGCACCACCUAGUGGACAACAGAUGGCAGGCUUGCCACAGAAUCCAUUCAGUGCUCUCCCCCCAGGGUUUCCCCCAAUGGGAGUGAGACCCCCCUUUGGGAUGCCCCCUGUAGGAUUUCCACCUCAAGGCCUUGGGUUUCCUCCUGGGUUUGGACCAGUCCCUACAGAUUUUUUACCAUGUCAGCUGCCCCAGGCCAGCCCAGUGGCUGCAGUAGGAAAACAGACGACCACACUACCCCCGGCACACAAGACGACCACCCCAGCCACAGCCUCCAGUGGCCAAGCAGAGGACCUGUCCAGCAAGAAGACGGAGGGAGGGAGUGAGGGAAGGAAAAAGGAUGUCAUUAUGCUGGACGACGACUAGACGGGAUCUCCCCCACCCCAGUGCCCUUUACAGCGCCAGCCACCAAGACUGACACUUUUAUAAAUUAACAGAACACUUGGCAUCUUACUCUAUGUUGUUGGUUAUAAUAAUGAUGACAGUGGUAAUGAAAAUCUCACAAACUAUUUUACCUAGUGCUGCACACAAAUUAUCAUAUUUGUUGUGUUUAUGUAGCAGAUGAAUUGCUCCGUGCCCAUUGACAGCCUCACAGAACAAGGUUUUAUAGUUGCUUAAAUAUCAAAGUUGGAAGUGAGUCAUAAGUGUAUGAUAUAAUAAACUGUACACAUAUGAAGGAAGAGACUUGAAGGAAAGAAAUCCUAAGUCAUUUGAAGUGGCAUUUAACGGGAAAUCCUAGCCGUGUUGUUGAAGUGUUGACAUCGUAAGAAGUCGGGGUUAUUGUAAAGGAAAAUGCUCCAUGAGACCCGGUGUGUACCUGUAAGAUGUUUGGAAAAUGUCCCAUUUAAUUAAGAGAACUCGAUCUCGCGUAAUAUAGCACUUGAAAUGAACAGUGAGAGUGAGGUUAUUGCAUGGAAAGAGCCAUGUUGAAUUUGUUCUCAACCCAGUAUGGAGCGAAAUGAAGGCAUGCAAUGUUUAGAGGCGUAUAAAUAGUGGUGUAAUUUAGGAAAGCCUACAAGGCUUAAUAAAUCAGUGGAAUAGACAAUUAAAUGUUCACUAUUGUGUAUAUAUAUAUAUGAGAUAAAAAUAUUCCUUCUAGUAUUGAUAUACCUUCACGUGCAUAGAAUUGUAAGCAUCGUGCAUGUGGAAUGUUCAUAUAGUCUGUAAGAUUGGGGAUAUACAAUGUAAAUGUGACCUUCAUGUUACACUAGGAACAGUAAACGUAAGCUGCAGAGGAAAAGGAAAAUGUGUUAUUUUCUUUGUUAAACUGAGUUGUCAUUUUCUAUCAAGUUGUAUAUCAAACUUGCUGUGAUUUGAUUCUUUUUAAAGUAUCAAGGACAAAACUGGUGGUAGAUGGAACUGCAGUUGUGCCUGUUAUAUGCGAGUUUUGGUAACAUGUUUUUGAAACCUGUUAUCCCCUUAAAAUACUGGAUGUGACGGUCUGCAGUCUCUGCGUGCCAG